AUGGAAGAUUUGACCAUGAACAAGCAUAGAACAUUUCAUAGUGAACUCUAUGAUGAAAUGUACAAGGAAGCAAGUGGAGAUGAUACUAGAGAGGACUUCUGGAGGAAGCAAGCUGAAAAGGUGCACUGGGAUAGGUUCCCAGAGACUAUUCUAGAUGAUUCUAAUGCUCCUUUCUUCAAAUGGUACCCUGAUGGAAUGAUAAACAUCUGUUACAACGCUAUUGAUAGACAUGUGGUUGAAGGAAGAGGUGAUCAAGAUGCCCUGAUCUGGGACUCAGCCUAUACAAAGUCUACCAAGAAGUUUACUUUCAGCGAAGUACAGGAUAGAGUCAGUAGACUAGCAAAAAUUUUGGUUAAUACUUUCGAAGUGACCCAAGGAGAUAGAGUUUUGAUCUAUAUGCCUAUGAUCCCUGAAGCAGCCUUUGCAAUGCUAGCAUGUGCUAGAAUUGGAGCAAUUCACUCUGUUGUAUUUGGAGGAUUCGCUGCUCCAGAACUGUCUAACAGGAUUGAUGAUUGCAAGCCAAAAAUGAUCAUCACUGCAUCCUGUGGUCUUGAGCCUAAUAAGAUCAUAAGAUAUACACCAAUAGUAGAUGAAGCUCUUGAGAUUUCAAAAUUGACAGACCUAAGAAGACUGAUAGUGCAGAGGCAUGAUGUAGUAUUUGAGACCAAGCUCAACAAGGAUCUGUACUUGGAUUACUAUGAGCUGAUGGCUGAGACAGAAACUGGAAUAGAUUGUGUUCCAGUCCCCGCUAACCAAGAACUGUACAUCCUUUAUACUUCAGGAACAACAGGACAACCAAAAGGUAUUGUGAGAGAUACUGGAGGAACAACUGUAGCUUUGAACUAUAUCAUGGACAUUGUGUUCAACCUUCAGAUAGGGGAUACCUGGUUCUCAGGAUCUGACGUUGGAUGGGUUGUCGGCCACAGUUUCAUUGUUUAUGGACCAUUAAUUAGAGGAACUACUACCAUUUUCUAUGAAGGGAAACCAGUCAUGACUCCGGAUCCAGGAGCUUUUUGGAGAAUCGUAGAGCAGUAUAAACCUCACUCAAUCUAUUGUGCACCAACAGCAAUCAGGAUUAUCAAGAAAUGUGAUUAUAACGGAGAAUACAUUAAGAAAUAUGAUACUUCAUCACUCAAGAGCAUUUUGCUUGUCGGAGAAAGAUGAGAUCCAGAUACUAUUAAUUGGCUGGAAGAUAAGUUCCCAGAUGUCCUUCUUAAUGACACCUGGUGGCAAACUGAAACUGGUUGGCCCAUUUGCUCCAAUUACGGUAACCUCCAUGCCUUCCCCACCAACCCAGGAAGCUGCACCAAAGUGGUUCCUGGAUAUGUGGUCGAGAUCCUGGACGAUGACAAUGUGCCAGUCGAUCCUCCUCAGUUAGGAAAAGUGUCAAUCAAGUUCCCUCUACCUCCUUCGUUCAUGUUAACGCUCUGGGGUAACGACGAAGCAUUCAAGGAGAAGUACUUCAGCGACUCUCCCGGGUACUACACCACUGGAGAUGCUGGCUACUUCAACGACGCUGGCUACUUGCACAUCAUGACCAGAGUAGACGACGUGAUCAACACUGCCGGUCACAGACUCUCCACUGGAAGGUUCGAAGAGGUUGUGAACGAGCACCCGCACAUUGUGGAGAGCGCAUGCAUUGGAGUCUGGGACACAGUCAGAGGAGAGCAGCCAGUCGCUUUGGUUAUUCCGGCAACUGGAGCUGAAUUUAACCCAGAAGACCUCAAGAAAGAGAUCAUAGCAAAAGUUAGAAAAGAUAUUGGAGCCUUUGCAAGAUUAGGAGGAGUACUUAUUGUAACAAGAUUACCAAAGACCAGGAGUGGAAAGAUCCUAAGAGGUACCAUUAAAUCAAUUGCCAAUAAGAAACACUUCAAGGUCCCAGCGACAAUCGAAGAUGAAACAGUUCUAAAGGAGAUAGAAGAUGCAUUAGCCACACUUGCAGGCUAA